AUGAAUAAGCAUCUCAAAGAAGAGAUAGGUUACUUCCAUGAUAAAUCUCAACAAUUUAUUUCUGCAAUAGGCCCUUUGCUCAAACCAAUCAAGUUAGAAGCGAAUGAGUUUGUAUAUUGCACUGGUGAUUUAGCAGAGGAAAUCUAUUUUGUGAAAAGCGGAAAACUAGCUAUAGUCUUACCUGAUUAAUAGAAUUUUAAGUUCAUGAUGAUUAAACCAGGAUCAUAUUUUGGAGAAUUGGAUAUUUUAUUUUACGGGGAAAAAAGAAAAUAUACUAUAAUGACAACUAAGCCUAGUGAAUUUUAUGUACUUUCUAGAAAAGAUUUUAAAUCAAUCUACUUACAUUAAUUUAGAGAUGAAGGCCAAAUUUUAGUGAAUGAAGCUCUAUAAAGAAAGGUUAUGAUUAAAAGUGCUUAUGAUGAUGCUCUCAGUUUUUUAGGAGAAGAUACGAACUUGUAAUAACCUCGAGUGACAACUCAUAAAACAAGUAAAUUUAAAGUGGCUGACAAUGCAACCAGUCCCUAAGUUGAUCCAAAAUUAGUAAUUUAAUAAAAGACAGAAGAUUAUAGUAACAAUGAUGAUGGUUUAAUUAACUUUGACAAAAUAUAAUUUAAAAAAAAAAUUAGUGCUCUUGAAAAAUAAAUUAAAAUAAAGGAUCAAAUUAUAGCUAAUAUCCAAUAAGAAUUGGAUGAAUUGAUGAAUCAAAUCUAACAUUAAAUUAGUGAUGAUAUCAUAGGUCGAUUUAAAAUUACAAAAAGCAUGGAGGAAAUGAUGUAACUUAGAAGACAAUUAAAAGCAACUCAUAAAAUGGAAGAAACAAUCAAAUCAUAAAGACAGAUCUAUCGUUCUGCACAUUAGGCUAAAUAAUUUUAAAUUGAUUGUCGUAAAUAUUCAAGCUCUGUUGAAUAAGCUAAGUUACUUAACAGUCUAUGGGAAGAAUGA